AUGAAGUUUCUCAAGGUCGGCCGUGUGGCGAUCAUCACGCGGGGGAGGUACGCAGGAAAGAAGGUCGUCAUAAUUCAGCCCCUAGAUACCGGCUCCAAGACACAUCCUUUUCCUCACGCCCUUGUCGCGGGCAUCGAGCGCUACCCCUCCCAGAUCACCCGCCGCAUGUCAAAAGCUCGUCAAGCAAAACGCAGCAAGGUCAAACCCUUCAUCAAGACCAUCAAUUACAACCAUCUGAUGCCUACACGAUACACGCUGGAAUUGGAGGGUCUGAAGGGCGUGGUGACGAAUGAUACAUUCAAGGAGGUCAGUCAGAGGGAGGAUGCGAAGAAGACGGUGAAGAAGGCGCUGGAGGAGAGAUACACAAGCGGGAAGAACAGGUGGUUCUUUACUCCUUUGCAGAUGCUGCAAACCAUCGUCCAAUAUUCCGCUCUCGUCUUUCCACACACAUUUGGGCGACUCGCGUACUGGUAUCUUCUCCUAUUUUACGACAAUACCGGUUUGCUUGAUCUUCAAUACAUGAUUUUCGCAACACUACCAUCUUGCAUCUACUUCAUCCAUUACUUUGCUGCAGCUCGGGACUUUCGCGAUGAUGACGAUGACGAAAGACUCCCAGAGGAUCGACCUGGGGCAUUCCGUAUUAUUCUGGGCUGUUUAAAAUACUGGUUCUUGGUGUACAAAGCUUUCGACUUGCUAGCCGCGCUAGACGUCGUGCUCAGAGCGUCAGGAUUCUGCGGCAAGGCCAUUCUUGCCAUAGACUUGUUCAUGGAAAGCACCCUGGUUCUUCUGGCAAAGACGAUUUUCUUCCUCUUUGUUAGUAUUUCCGUCGGCGCAGCACUUGAGGGAUUUCCCUUCGUACAAUCCGUCAUCCUCGAUCUCCUGGAAGCAUUCUUUGGAAGGAUCGAGGUCCCUGCAGACGAAGCGUUUCACGAGGAAUAA